CGCAUCGUCUCCGGUCACGGCGGCGGUUAUAUCAUUGUCUGGGACAUAGCAACAAACACUACUUGCCACUUCAGAAGCCACUUCCGAGAUUCUCGGGUCCACAAACUGGAACUCUCUCCGGACGGGCGAUGGUUCCUGUCUGCAAGUUUUGUCAAGUCACUCAUCGUAUCAGACCCUCGCACCGGCAUCUGUAUUCAUACCCUCACAGGCCACCGUGAUUACGUCCACACCGCACAAUGGUCACCCUGCGGGAAUCUCAUCGCUUCCUCGUCGAUGGACGGGAGCGUCCGGAUAUGGAGGGCGCGUGAUGGGGCGUGCGUGGGGCACCACUUCUUCCCCGAGGGGUCUCCAAGUCAUCUGGCUUUCACCGGCGACGGAGAGGCGUUGGUGCUGGGGAGGAAAAACGGUACACUC